AUGAACAAGUACGACGCCGAUCAACUCAAAGGCAAGAAGGUCGCGGUGCUCGCCACCGACGGCUUCGAGCAGGACGAGCUUACCCAACCCCGCGACGCCGUCAUCGACUCGGGCGGUGAAGCCUUCGUCGUCUCGCUCGAGAUGGGCGAGAUCCAAGGCAAGCAUCACGAUCAACUCGGCGACAAGAUCCCCGUCGAUCGCAUCGUUAGCGAAUCGAGCGCCGACGAGUUCGACGCCUUGAUCUUGCCCGGCGGUCUCAAGAACCCCGACACACUGCGCCAAGACGCCGACGCCGUGCGUUUCGUCACCGAGUUCUUCAAGCAGCACAAGCCGGUCGCCGCGAUCUGCCACGGGCCGUGGCUGCUCGUCGAGGCCGACGUGGUCGAAGGCCGCAAGGUGACUUCCUACCCAAGCGUCAGGACUGACCUCAUCAACGCCGGCGCGAACUGGGUCGAUGAAGAGUGCGUCUGCGACGAGGGCCUCGUCACCAGCCGCACGCCCGCCGACCUCAACGCCUUCUGCGCGAAGCUCGUCGAAGAGAUCGCCGAGGGCAAGCACGCCGGGCAGACGGCGUGA